AUGUACACGAGCAGCCGCUAUCCCGUGGCAGGGGGCAACCCACAUGGGCAGCCGGCGGCGUACGCGAACGCAAGCACUCCCGGUGCACCCGCCUACAACCCUGCGAUGAACGCUAUGAACGGCAUAAACAUAUACGGCAUGAUGCAGAUGCAGGCAAAUUCCAAAGCUGCGAUGAUGAGAGGCGGGGUUGCGCCGCCGCCUGCUGGAGGAGCAACGAGUCCCAACAAGGGCGGCUACACCGCGUACACCGGUGGUGGUUACGCGACAUCGGCGACGUCAGCGCCGACACGAGGCGGCUAUGUCUAUCCCCCUUACACGGCUGUGAACCAGCCGGGGAUGGCAAUGCCUUCCACCUCCCCUGCAACACCACCACCACCACCGCAGGGUCAGUUCUCACUGGCAAAGUCUAUCGCAGUCCCUGGCGCCGCACCAACACCGGCGUUGCCAGCCCAGCAACAGAAGCCAAAGCAGGCUGCUCCUGCAUCCCCUACGCCGGCGAAUAAUAAUAAAAUAGACGACUCAAACGGUGGCAAGAGAGCAGGUCGACACGGCAACCAUCGCCGCCGGGGUGAUAAAAAGGAGGGCGCCGCCACCACACCGCCUCCUGCGACGGAACUCACCGCGGUGCCGGGCAAGCCCAGCCGUCGUGAGCGCCGUCGUCGCGGCAGAGACGGUCAAUCCGUUGAGCGCACCGACGAUACCCGCGCCCCUUCUCCCGCCAACCCCGCUCGGCCCGAUGACAGCACCGUUUCGUACCACAGCCCCAACCCCGCAGCCAUUGUUCCCUCUACACGCAAUCACGCUGGCGGUGGUGGCGAGGGUGGACGCCGUCGACACCACCGCCGCCGCGCAAAUGGAGAAGAACAACGACCGCCGCAGCCCGGUCAGCGGGAUCCCUCGCGAGACACCAACUCCAACACGCCGCCCCACCACCGGCGUCACCGCCACCGCGGGCGCGAGGAGGUCCGGCCACGACGGCAUCAUCGCAACCACCACAGCGACGUGGUGACACGGUCCGAGUCGACCUCGCUUCGCCCGACAGAGCGUGUCGUAACCCCGACGGACGACGGCAAGAGGCAGCACCGCCACCGCCACGAAGGUGAUGGCGGAAGGAUGGGCGCCGCGCGCUCGCCGUCGCCUGCCGCGCAAGUCCUUUCGCUGGUGCCACCGGUAUUACCAUCCUCAGCGAAAACUUCCACCGUUGUCCCCCCCGCUGUCUCUCCCAGCCUGGCAGGGAAGAAAGCUCUCACCAUUCCGGUGCCCCCGCCGGUGGUGGUGCCAGCGCCGCCCGCCGCCGCAGCGCAGUCGUCCGCACCGGUGAGCAGCGCCAGAGGGCAUCACCGACACCGCAGCCACAACGACUCGCGUCGGCCGCGAACGGCGUCAUCGCACUCGUCGUCGUCACGAGCGUCGUCACCGUCGUCCUACUCGUACUCUGAUAGCAGCGACUCCCGCAGCGCGUCCUCGCGCUCCUCUCGCAAUAGGAACCACCACCGCCGAUCGGGCCGGGACCGGCGCAGUGGGCGGCGACGCGCGUCUCCCCGCUCAUCGCGCUCCUCCUCCUCGUCGACGUCGUCCGCCGCGGCGCGGCAUCGCACGAAGGCGGCGUCGAACCCCGACGCUGCUGCCACACCAGUGGAUGCGACGAAGGCUGGUCAGCAGAAGAAAGGCAACCGUUUGCUCAACCUUUUUCGCCGCAGCAAGUCGUCGACAGCACCGGACGUGGCGGCUGAAGGAGCGGCACCAAACGGACCGGGUCCGCACCCGACCCCGUUGAUCAUGCCGGACAAGAGGCUCUUCGACAUGCCAAGCUCCGCGCCGUCGGUGCCACUGUCGAGGGAUGACGGUGUGGCGGACAAGCGGGAGGGAACUAGCCACGGGCAGUCCUCAUCGCGCCGUCAUCACCGAGAGCACUCGACUGACCGUUCACCGAAGCAGAGGAACAGCCCCCACCCGCCGCAGAUGACGCCUGGCACUCCAGGGGCUCCGGGUGCAACUCAAGAGGGAGCAGCAGCACCGGGUGACAACAGCAGUGGCAAUGCCGGUCAGCAGAGCAGCAAAGCAAAGAGCUUCUUCGGGUCGCUGUUUCACAAGAAGAAGGACAAGUCUGAGCUCGCCACCCCCGUCGGUAACACGUCGGUGGACAGCAGCGUGAACGAAUGGAUGUCACCGCGCUCGAUCCCCUCUACAUCAGGUAGCGCCUCCCCGUACACGCCGAGCCAACCGGGAUUCAACAACAACAGUCACAGCAGCACUCCACCUCCCUCUCAUGAUGGCACGCCGUCGGUUGGCGGCUCCGCAGCCGGCACCCCCGCCUUACCCCUCAAAUCCGGCUUCUUCAGCAAAUUCAUGAAGAAAAAAGUGAGCAAAACGGUAGCCGCACAGCAGCAGCAACUGGAGACAGAUCGAGAGGCGCUGAAGGAGUUGGACUCGCAGUUGGAGGAAGGACGUCGCGUCCUCGACGCCUCGCGGGAGCUGCAGAGAGAGCACCGCCGUCGUCGGCACUCCGGCGACUCGCGCGGCAGCCCACGCUCGCGCAGCGGCAGCCGCCAUCACUCCUCGCCGCGGCCGCACGACCACCACGAACGCCGCAAGGGCCAUUCGCCGUCGCGCCGCCGUGGUGAUUCGCGCGGUGAUCACCAUCGCUCCCCGUCCUCUCGCUCUUCCUCAUCCGGUCUCUCGCGUUCGAGAUCGUCGGUCACCUUGAGCCGCAGUGCGACUCCCCCCCGUCGAAGUGUGCGUGACAGGAAGAAGCGUAGUGACAAGGCGGUGAACGACAUUUAA